ACUCACUCUCUAAUCAGUCUUGUCAACAGCAGACUUUUGCAGUCAUUUAGUCGACUUUCUCCUCACCCUGUUCCUCGGAGAAAAUUAAAAAUAUUUAUAGAAACGUCUAUUCGACAACUAUCCCCCACCCACCACAAAAUCCAACAAGUCGGAAUUUACUUGUGAUGAAGUGCACAGAUAAUUUCUCAUCGCAAUGUUAUAAUUAAUUGAUAGUAGUCGCGAAAGAACGACAUAUUCAAUAUGAUGAUUUAAAAUCAUCUGGAGGCCGAAUAAUUUAAUAGUUUUGUAAAGGAAAAGCAGUGAAAAUGAUGUCCCAGUCGAUGUCAUGGGUAUCAAUGGACCUCUCGCCUGAGGUGGAGACCGUGAUAAGCAAAUCUUUGGCCUGGGUUAAAACACCUCAGAAAAUCAAAGAGGUGUUCGGAAAUUCUCAAAAAGGAUAUGAGAAAGCUGUGCACGCUUAUAGUAUCAGGAACCAAUUAAGACAUUCUGAAAAUCUUGUGAAACAAAUAAAUAAGAACGAGGCCAAAUAUUAUGAAGACAUUGUAUCUUACAGCAAAGAGAAGCUCAUGUUGUAUCCGUAUCAUUUAUCGGACAAGGUCGUCAGGGGCCUGCGGAUCACGCCAUUCGAAUACUACUCAAGUAUUCUAGAGAAAACUAUGGAACACGAAAAAAGCUACGAUUCUUUGCCAAAUUUUACAGCAGCCGAUUGCUUAAGGCUACUAGGAAUCGGAAGAAAUCAAUAUAUCGAACUAAUGAAUCAACAUCGAUCCAGCAGAAAAUUGUUUCGAAAGAAGCCUGUCAAGGAACUUUUACCCACAAAACCUAUCGAUAUCAAUAUCGAGCCCUGGUUUUUGGUGCAGCCUGGCUGCAUCCUCGAAGAUGACAUUGCAUUGAUAAAACCAAAUGAACGAGUGCUAAUAGACAAUAUUGUUGACCAUGGACGUCAGAUAGCUGGGACGCUUGAAUAUGACUGCGUCCACAGUUUGUAUAGAAAAGGAUUAGUUUAUGUUGAUGUUCCGAUUGACAAUGAUGACUAUAUCGUAGUACCGCCAUUAGAAGGCUUCGUGAUGAAUAGAGUGCUUGGGGAUUACUUUGAAACUCUUCUAUACAAAAUAUUUGUUUCAAUUGACGAACACACUACAGUGAAAGAGCUGGCAACGGUUUUGGACAUGGAUGUCCAAAACAUUAAAAAUGCCGUAUCAUUAUUUUGUCGACUAGGAUUUGCGUACAAGAAACAAACUGGUGUUGACCUCAAUUCGUUGGAUCCGUCUUGGAAAACUCAUGUGUCUCAAAUCAAAAGCCGAACAUACACAGCACCUGAAGAAUCCCUCCUCGUUGAGCUUGAAUCCGCUGUUGCUGAAGAUGACAGCUUUCCAUCAGAUGCAACAACAAAUAAGUCCAAGUCAUCCGCAUCUAUUGAAAGAAGCAAAUCCAGCAUGUCCAUUUCGAGUGAUAAUUCCUUCUUUGCACCCUCAAGCACUGUGGGCACUUCUAAGCGCAUUGCCUUUUUAUAUGACUCAACACUUACGGCGUUUCUGAUGAUGGGGAAUUUAAGCCAAGGAUUAAAAUCACAUGCAAUAACAAUGUUUGAAGUUGGAAAGAUGGCAGACGAGUCCCUAGACAGUUUUUUGACCGAGCUUGACAACGUAGAAAUUGUCGAAGGAGAAGGAGAAGCCCAACGCUAUUUCGAACAUGCCCGAACACUUAAAGACACGAUUUUAUUUUUGAGAAAUAAUCCUUCCAUGGGAUCGAUGGCCGUCGAUCUCCUAAGAUGUGAGAGUCUGCUGAACUUGGAUAGAAAUACAUGCAGUCGUCUGUUAAAGAAAAAUUACGAAUUAUUGGUUUCAAUGGCGCCUUUGAGUAAUGAGGUCGAGCUGCGAAGCUGUGAAGAACUUCCUCACUUCGGUCCUGUAAUUCCACAGAUAAAUUCAAUUUGGUUUAAAUUAUUUUUGUAUUCAGUUGCAAAUAGUGGGCCCACAUCGGUGCUGUUAUCUCGAGGAACACUUCUCUCGGAACUUCCGCUAGAACUUCGUGAAUGUGAUAAGAUUUUGGUAACUUCGUGGGGUCAUGACGGAGGGGUCAUACCAAGUGCGAAUGCACUGUUUACUUUAAAUGAUAUGUUAAAUCAUUCUGCCUUAUUUGUACAAGCUUAUGGAAUUAAUGGGGAAUCGUCUAUUAUCGUUGUCCCAUUUCCUUUUUCAAACAAGAGCAAGAAUGAUGACAAGAAAAGUAAUAUUUACACAAAAUGGGCAAAACAUCCUGCCAUUAUCAAGUUGAGUCGAGUUAUUGAUUUGGAACGAAAUUGUGGAUAUAUUACCAUGAUAAAUAUUUGUGGGUCGAAAUUCUCGAUGGCACACACAAACCAAGUUACACAUGAUAAUAGAAACAAAGAUUUGGUUGUUCAACCAAAACUUGAAGAUGUAUUAGAAGAGCCCUUAGGAAACGACGAAGAUGACAACUUGAGUGAAGAAGAUUAUCAUUUGGUCCGAAGCUCGAAUUCUAUUCCACCCAAAAAUGGUUUCACUGACGAAAUUUGCGAAAAAAUUUAUCAGGAAGAAAUUGAGAAUGAACUAUUUAAUGAUUGUCCACAAAAUGACACUACCACUUGCACAUCAUCUGAACCACAAGGGUUUGAUGCUCGUCAGCAGAAGCUAGAAUCACUUCGGUUAGACUUGAAAUUUGGAGAUUUAUCCGUAUUGGACAAAACAACAGAAUUAGAUCAUCAGAAUCUAGAAAAGAACCAAAGAACCAGCCAAGAAACAAAUUUGCGCUUUGAUGAUUGGACAAUACUAGAUUGUUACUUUGGCAUUCCUUUAUUUGACGCUGGGGUGAAUCAAAUUAUCUGUGACCGCAUGUUGAGCAAUGGAUUAUGGGACUCUUCCAGCUUGGAACAACUGGUGAAAUCAAAUUCAGAGUUGGCAGUCAAGUUAAAGGAGUUCAUCAAUACAUAUCAGGCACCUAGUACAUGGAGCGAAGAUGUGCCAUUACCAUCUAAAAAUUUCUAUUGCCACAAGGGUCGUCUUGUGGAGUUUUCUCCCUGAAAUCAACAAGGAAAUUAUUAACGUUAUGAACAUUUAUUCCGUAUUUUAUUCUUCUGUGACCAUCAUCUGUUAAUUGACAUUCCUAAUUAUAGUUGAUCUUUAUGAAUUAGCAUGCCAUUUAAGUAUCUGUACAAAUACAUAUUUAGAAAUUUAUUCUCUUAAGUUUUCUGACUACGGGUCAAAUAUUUAUAAACUACCGUCGCCUAUAUUGAUUUUAGUGAUAAUUGGUACCUGCUAAGAAAAUGACGCAUUCAAAUACCUACAUAUGUAUGCAUUUGCUUACAUAAGUAAAUACUACGCGUAGCUACAGUUUAAAUAUGGUAUACUGGUGAUUAAUUAAUUAAGAUAUUUUAUGAAACUGCAAUACAUGGUUAUACUUGACUUAUGUAAACUUGCUAAAUAAAUAAGUUAAACUUACAUAAUAAGUUAAUCAAAACAAAUUCCUAGUUCGGAAUAAAAAAGAACUUUCCAUCGUA